AUAUAUAUGCUCAAGUGUAUCGAAAGAUGGAGUGAAGUGAAAGACAGAUAAGCAAAUACCGAACAAAUAAACCAUUUUUAUAUCUGAAAUGUAUUUAGUGUCUGCGUUCUGUGCCACGAUUGUUGUGAAAUGUACAUGAGCAAAGAGACGUAAAUGAGCCCAAAUUCGAUUGUUUCGUUGGUUAAUGCAAAUGAAAGACAAUAAAUUGCGUACAUUUUUGUCGCUCUUCGCGUCUUAUCUUCAUGUCGUCUGCUGUGCCAUCCGUCCCUUUCCUCUUGAGUCUCUCUCUCCCUCUGGCUCACACACACACGGACGCACUCAGACACCUCACUCGCUCGUUCGUUCGUUCGCGCACAACGGUGGACAAACAAAAGCAGCACGCCACGAACAAUACAUUUACUUGUAUCGAAGACAACGGAACAAAAGCAACAACAAUUGGAAUUUUGUAUGCACGAAUUUAUAUCGUAAUGAAAUAGAGACAGUACAAACAAGCGAGUGCGAGAGAAAAUAAUUAAAAGUGAAAUAAACGUAAGUUAAAAUUGUAACAGAACAAAUCGUUAUCGAGCUGUAUUUGUCUGUGGUCUUGCUGUAACCGUCCCAAGUGUUGUUGCUCGAAUCGGUCGGUGUCGUUGUAAACUUAGAAUCGAUCACACAUAUCAUCCAACUCUCUUGUGCAGUGUAUGUACGGCGUGUGCAUGCCUGCGCUGUGUUCUAGUUUUUAUCAUUUGAAACUGAGAUAACCAUCUAGCUACCGGUAAUUAGAAUUUUCACUUCUCUCGUUCGAACGGUCGCGCAACAAAACGAUUUGCCACCGCUAAUUGUGACAUAAUUGAAAAAGUUUUUUUUUUUGUUCGGUUUUUGUGCAACGGCAUAUUUCGAUUCGACUUCGUUUUUCUUUUAAUUGAAAAUUGCAUAAGUGAUGUGGUGGAUUUUAGCGAAAAGCCGAGGAUCACGGAUCUGAUAACACUCAACUAAUUGUGAUGUGCUUUCUCUGUGAACUCUGUACGUGUCUAUCAUAUUAAAACCAUAAAAAAAAGACAAUCAACUGUGCAGUUCAGAACGACUGCACGAACAGAAAGCAAAAAAAAAAACAAAACAAAUACAAAGACAAUUCGUGUUUUCAUUUGUGGACGAGCAAACUGUAAUUUUGUAGUAAAGGACAUACAAAAUCAUUUAAUAUAACUAAAAAAAAGCGUCGUCGACAGACAAAAAAAAGAUCUACUUUCGAAAUUUUAAAAACAAAACGAAUUUAAGACAAAGCCAAAAAAAAUUAUAUAUAAUGAAAAGUCGCACGAAGCAAGUAACAUCAGCGUUGCCACCGGCAUCAGCGGGCUCAACGUCUUAUCCAUCAAUUAACUCCACAUAUUGGUUGCCCACAUCUAAUCCAACGCCAUACGUUCUACCAGAGCGAAAACUGUUCGUUGGUAUGCUCAGCAAGAAAUACAAUGAACAGGAGGUGCGACAACUUUUUGCUGGCUAUGGGUCUAUCGAAGAAUGUACGGUGCUACGUGAUCAGAAUGGUCAAAGCAAAGGCUGUGCUUUUGUUACAUUUUCGACAAAACAAAGCGCGCUGGCCGCCAUAAAAGGAUUAAACCAAAAUCAAACGAUGGAAGGGUGCUCAGCUCCUCUGGUUGUGAAAUUUGCCGAUACGCAAAAAGAAAAGGAACAGAAAAAAGUGCAACAGAUGCAAGCGGCAAUAUUGUCAACAAUUAAAAGUACGGGCACACCAUCAACGGGAUCGAGUGAUUCAAUCACUACAUUGACUGGUGCCAACGGAAGUGUAGCCACCGCAGCUAGUCUUCCCCUUAAUUUUGGUUUAAGCAGUUCAGUACAAGCAAAUGGUUUAGUCACAGUGCCAAAUGCAACCGCAUUAACAUCGAAUUCAUCGCUUAUAACGAACCCACCUCAAUCGUGUAAUCCCUUCAUCGGUGCUGAUGCCUUGUCUACAUCAUCGUUACAAUUUUUGCAGCAGAUGCAAGCGGUCGGACUGCAACAGCAGCUUCUUCAAGGAAUUAAUAGUGCUCAGUUGGAUGCGUCGAACAACAGUGCAAUGUCAACAGGUUCAACGGCAACACAUGCCAGUUUGUUGCAACCAUUUUCGAUGCAAAAUCUCCUCGCAAUGGCAUGCAUGGGCCAAUCACCGCUAAGCCCAAAUGCGUCCAGUCAAUCACUUUCUAGCGCUCAACUUGGCCCAACCACAACACCUCUAUGGUCAGUACAAGAUUAUACUACUACUGCAUUGCCUCAAUACACCAGUGGAUUGUACGCUCCAUCGCUAACCACGGCGAAUGCUCUGAAUACGACUGCAUCACUUGUUGCCGGAAAGCAAAUUGAAGGUCCCGAUGGUGGAAAUCUCUUCAUUUACCAUUUGCCACAAGAGUUCACCGAUCGAGAUUUGGCCAUCACAUUCUUACCGUUCGGCAAUGUCAUAUCGGCCAAAGUGUUCAUCGAUAAGCAAACCAACCUGUCGAAAUGUUUUGGUUUUGUGUCAUUCGACAAUGCGACCUCAGCUCAAUCGGCCAUUCAAGCGAUGCAUGGAUUUCAAAUCGGAUCAAAAAGACUAAAAGUACAACUGAAGCGUUCGAAAGAUGCAGCCAAGCCAUACUAAUACCAUCAAUUGAUCGAUAAGUUAUUUUUUGAAGGGAAGAAAAAAUUCAAACAAAAAAACAACCGAAUCUCACGAAUCUUGUAACGCAGUGCUUAAAAAUAGGUGUGUGUAUGUGUGUUGUUGCAUUAGAAAUGUAAGUUUUUGAAUUCAUAAAGUGAAUCAUAUGAAGACGAAUCGAUGAAUGUUAUUUGUUUUAAACUACUGGCCACUAACUUGAUUGAAACAAGUCUUAAACAGCAAACCCGAUAAAGUAAAUCAUAGCUAAAAUUAAGUCAAAACCAUGAUCUUUUUGUAGACUUUAAUGACACAUUUAGACAGUUUUCAUCGCUUUGACGAAAUGAAAUGGAUUUUUAGAAGAGAAAAGUAGAGAAAAAGAGACACAAUUCAAUUGUGUGAAAUUCGUACCUAAAAUCAUACCAAAUAGACGUAUUAGUUUAAUGUAUCACACUGUUGUAAUAUCGCAGUCACACUUGAUAGACAGAAAAAAAAACACGAUAAGAAAUCAAUUAAAUUUUGAAAUUACCCAUGUGUAGUCAUUAAACUGUUGUUGAAAAUGACGCUAAUAAAUGUCUUAGUAAUGAA